AUGGAAGGAGAGGCAAUGGGGAAUUCAGCGCCAGGCGCAAAGAGGACUGUCAGCAAAGCCAUUCGGAUAGCCCUUGGCAUGCUCAUAAGUGGUAUUAUAGUGCUUGGCAUUGCACUUUUCCUAGUUAGCCAAGGACUUAUAAACCUUCAUCCUAAGCAACAGUAUUGCUUGACUUCAGAAUGCAUUGAAGCUGCGGCCUCCAUCUUAAGUAAAAUAAACCAGUCUGUGGAUCCCUGUGAGAAUUUUUAUCGGUUUGCCUGUGAUGGCUGGACAUCUAAUAAUCCCAUUCCUGAAGACUCGUCAAACUAUGGAGUUUAUCCUUGGCUGAGGAACAAUGUGGACCUCAAGUUGAAAGCACUGCUACAGAAACCUAUCAGCAAGAGACGGGACAGUGAAGCUGUACAGAAAGCCAAGAUCUUUUACUCAUCAUGUAUGAAUGAGAAUAAAAUUGAAAAAGUUGAUGCAAAGCCACUGUUAAGUAUACUGAAGCAUUCGCUGUUCCGUUGGCCUGUGCUGGAAUCUAACAUCGGACCUGAAGGACAAUGGUCAGAAAGGAAGUUCAGCAUGCUCCAGACCCUUGCAACUUUUCGUGGUCAGUACAGUAACUCUGUCUUCAUCCGUUUGUAUGUGGCUCCUGAUGACAAAACCUCCAAUAAACACAUCUUAAAGCUAGACCAAGCAACCCUGUCUCUAACUGCACGGGAAGAUUACCUUGAUAAUACCACAGAAGCUAAAUCUUACAGAGAAGCCUUUUUGCAGUUCAUGGUUGAUAUUGCAGUGCUUUUGGGUGCUAAUGCCUCACGGGCAGAGUCUGAUAUGAAGUCAGUUCUGAAACUGGAAAUUAAAAUAGCUGAGAUAAUGAUUCCACAGGAGAAUCGAACCAGUGAGACUAUGUACAAUAGAAUGAACAUAUCUGAACUUAGCACCAUGAUCCCUCAGUUUGACUGGCUGGGAUAUAUCAGGAAGGUGAUUGACACUAAACUCUACCCUCACCUUCAAGAUCUAGGUCCUUCAGAAAACGUGAUUGUCCGUGUGCCCCAGUACUUCAAAGAUUUGUUCAGGAUACUAGAAAAAGAAAGGAAAAAGACUAUUGCGAACUAUCUGGUAUGGAGGAUGGUUUAUUCAAGAAUAUUUAACCUCAGCCGACGCUUUCAGUAUAGAUGGCUGGAAUUUUCGCGGGUAAUCCAGGGAACCACAUCUUUACUGCCUCAGUGGGAUAAAUGUGUAAACUUUGUAGAAGGAGCACUCCCUUAUGUCAUUGGCAGGAUGUUUGUGGAUGUCCAUUUUCAAGAAGACAAGAGAGAAAUGAUGGCAGAGUUGACUGAAGGGAUUCGCUGGGCCUUUAUCGACAUGUUGGAAAAGGAAAAUGACUGGAUGGAUGCAAGAACAAAAAGGAAAGCUAAUGAAAAGGCAAAAGCGGUUUUGGCAAAAGUGGGCUACCCUGAGUUUAUAAUGAAUGACACGUAUAUUAAUGAAGACAUCAAAACAAUGAAGUUUUCAGAAAAUGACUAUUUUGGCAACGUAUUGCAGACCCGCAAAUAUCUGGCCCAGUCUGACUUCUACUGGCUUAGAAAAGAAGUUCCAAAAACAGAGUGGUUUACUAGUCCAACCACUGUCAACGCUUUCUAUAGUGCAUCAACCAACCAGAUCAGAUUCCCAGCAGGAGAACUCCAAAAGCCUUUCUUUUGGGGGACAGAAUACCCUAGGUCUUUAAGUUAUGGUGCCAUUGGAGUAAUUGUUGGGCAUGAGUUUACCCAUGGAUUUGAUAAUAAUGGUCGUAAGUAUGACAAGAAUGGAAAUUUAGACCCCUGGUGGUCCACUGAGUCUGAAGAAAAAUUCAAAGAGAAGACAAAAUGCAUGAUUAACCAGUACAAUAAUUAUUAUUGGAAGAGAGCUAGCCUAAAUGUAAAAGGGAAGAGGACUUUGGCAGAAAACAUUGCAGACAAUGGAGGUUUGCGAGAGGCUUUCAGGGCCUAUAGGAAAUGGAUUGAAGAAAAGAGGCAAGGAGAAGAGGAGGCUUUGUUACCAGGCAUUGAAUUCACCCACAAUCAGCUCUUCUUUCUCAGUUACGCUCAUGUGAGAUGCAAUUCCUUUAGACCAGAGUCAGCAAGAGAGCAAAUCUAUACUGGAGUUCACAGCCCUCCUCAAUUCAGAGUUAUUGGUGCAAUGAGCAACUUCGAGGAGUUCCGUAAAGCUUUCAAUUGCCCAGUAAAUUCAACCAUGAAUAGAGGUUCAGAAUCCUGUCGGCUAUGGUAG